AUGGCGGCAGUAGUGCCGACGGAUCCAGCCUCUCCUAGUCGUUUCCGCGACGCUUGCGAUGCAUUGCACGACGGCGCUGAGGCGGCGCGAAGGAUUUUCGGUUGGGCCUCGGGCGUACCCGGCCGCCUUGUGGGAAAGGAUGCGGCGUGGCUGGUGGCAGAUGCUGCAAAGUUCGCUGUUGCAGAUCUGCCGCCUGUGCUGCUCGGGCGAACUGCCGAUCUUUCACGGGCUUUGUUAAGUGUCCGCAUGCACGACGUCGUGCAAGACCCCAAAAAAGCAGCAGCCUGUGCUACUCACAAGGCGCUUGACCUGAUGGGAGGUGGUUUCGUGAAGAUGGCGCAGGUGGUGGCGCACAGCCCGGCCCUCUUCCCGGAGCCUUUGGUGCGCGCAUGCCGUGGCAGCCUAGCUCAGGCCGUGACGCCUCCGGCUGCGCUAAAAGAUAUUGAGCAGAUUCUGAAGGAGGACCUUGGUCUGAAGAUUGGCGAUCUCUUUGAGGACUUCGAAGCGGAACCCAUGGCUGCAGCAUCCAUUGCACAGGUGCACGCUGCCAGACUCCGUGGCGGAGAGAGGUGUGUAGUGAAAGUCGUUCGCCCCCGUGUGCGGGAGCGACUGGCCGUUGACUUCGAAUGUGUACAGUUGGCUGCGCGCCUUGCGGACCUCAUCCUCGGGGAGGAGGUCGUCCUUCAGCUGGUAAGUGCCUCGCUCGAAGGAUGCGUAGAGGAGCUGCGAAGAGCUGUGAUGGCAGAGUGCGAUCUUGCCAUGGAGCGCCAGAACAUCGAGGACUUUGGCCGCUGGCUGGAAACAUCAGCCACGCUUCGCAGAGCUCGCCUUGCCAGUGCUGUUCGCGUGCCGAAGACCUACGAGGAUGCUUCCUCUCCUCGUAUCCUGACCAUGGAGCGCAUUGAUGGGCUACCGUUCUCCGAGCUGUGCGCGAGUGGAGGUUCACAGCCAAGCAGUGCUCCCGACGACUGGCAAUCUGCUUUGACGUCUGCACUGAGCGUGGCGGCUGUGUCGGUACUCGACGGCUCAGCUCUCUUCCAUGCAGACCUGCAUACCGGCAACAUGAUUGCGGUGAGAGGACCGGCUGGAGAAUGCCAGGUGGCCUUCAUCGACUUCGGCUGCUGUGGCCGUCUCCCAGCACCACUGCGAGGCACUUUGCUGAUGCAAGCCUCGGCAUUUGCUGGAGGAAGGCCAGAUGUGCGACAGUUCUGCGAGGGCUUUGCGCAUGCCCUGCAACGAAUCCCAGAACUUGGCCGCGAGGAGGACUUGGACGUCGAUGCACUCGCUGCAGACAUGAAGCCUGUGCUGAAGCAGCUUCAGCUCCUUAACCCCUUCAGAGGAGGUGCUGACCCGAUGUCGCCGGAGUUGCACAUAGAGCUCUUGCGCCUGCAGCGGGUCCUGUGCCGACAUGGGGUGCAGCUUCCCCGCGAGUUUACUCUCCUGAUGAAGACUGGUUGCUUCGGGGCUCUGUAUUUCUCGCUGUUGGAUGAUGCCAACAAGCGACAGCUCUUGUCAAAACUGCUGAUUGCCGGAGCUGCUUUUGCUGCUUCCCAUCCCAAGGACGCGAGGGAGCUUCUGAAUCCAGCAAAGCUAGCGGUGCUGCUGUCGGCACUGCGCAGACAUGAAAGGCCUUUUGCAGCUUGUGGUGUGACGCCUGCUGUCGUCGUGGCAAGCUGCCUUGCCAUCUCUGCAGCAUACCUAGUGCGGCAUUUGCAGUAG